GUGAGUAUUCGUAAAGGUGGGAGGAGAAAGAGAGAAGGAGAAGGAGCUUGCAAAUCCCAUCUUGUCAGGUUCCUCCUUCUCUUACUGUUGUUUUUCUCUCUUUCCCCUUGCGCAUCCAUCCGUCCAUCCAUACCUGACCUUUCUUUACCUUACGGAGUACUGGACUGGAGUAGGUGUGCUCUUUACCUUAACCACCUUGGCUUUUUCUUUUCCUUCUCCUUCUCUCUUACUCUCUCUUUUCCCUCUCUCUUCUUUUCCCUCCUCCUACUCUCUCCCUCCCUCCCUCUCCUCUUCUAUCCUCCUCCUCAUCUGCUCACCCCAUCCAUCCAUCGUUCUCGCCACCCAAUCCCCAUAAAAUUUAAUUAUUUCUCCGUCUCCAACAAAAACGGCCAACCCCCAAACUGGACGCUCUCCAAGGAACCCAGGGAUAAGAACGAAGAUCCAAGAUCAAGGACGUCCUGGUGCACCGACACAUCCAUUAAUGGAUACUUGAAGCGCCAUUAG